AUGGAUGACUUGAUUGAGGCUAGCGAAGCUCCUGGCGAUUCGAUCUUGGAAGAUUUACGUCAAUUUACUGGAUUGGGUUAUCUGUGCUAUUCUAUUUGUGUCCGUCUCUUGCAUGUUGUUUUUGCCAUUAAAGCGCUCCUCAAUGCAGAUUGCCAGGUGUACAAAUUCAAGAGGAGCGACGACAGCGAUCUCUGCCCUGAGAUACCAAGUCACAUCAAAGUGCAGCCUCUCGAGGAUAGCCAGGAGUUUGCCGUGGAUGGCGCCAAGGUGCGCAUUGUCCAUACGCCAGGACACACCACAGAUCAUGUUGUGCUCACCACAGACGAUGGAACGCUCUUUAGCGGCGAUUGCAUAUUGGGCGAGGGCACCGCUGUCUUUGAGGAUCUAUUCGAUUACAUGCGCAGCUUGGAUAAAAUACUGAAAAUACAACCGCAACGCAUCUAUCCAGGACAUGGCAAUGUCAUUGAGGAGCCGCUGGGCAAGAUUGAGUAUUAUAUACAACAUCGCAACCAGCGGGAACAGCAGAUAUUGCAGUUCUUUGUGGAGCGUCCUCUGCAGCCUUGGGAGGCCAUGGAUGUGGUUAAAGUGGUGUACAAGGAGACACCUGAACAAUUGUGGCCAGCGGCUGCCUACAAUGUGGAUCAUCAUCUCAGCAAACUACACAAGGAGGGGAAGCUCCAAGUCGCCAGCGAAAAGGAUGACACCAAGUUGUAUUCUUAUCAAGCAAACAGCGCACUUUAAAUUUAACAUAUUUUAUUUCUAUUAUCUCUUUUGUUUGUAAAUGAGUUUAUACGUUAAAUAGACUGAAAGUCGAGUUAAAAAGGAAAUUGUUUCAUAUUACUAAAUAUA